ACACAGUUCUCGGACUACAGUCCAGGAAGAUGUCUGGGGAAUUGCCACUGAACAUUAACAUCAAGGAGCCUCGAUGGGAUCAAAGUACUUUCAUGGGACGAGCCAAUCAUUUCUUCACUGUGACUGACCCCAGAAAUAUUCUGUUAUCAAACGAACAACUAGAGAGUGCCAGAAAAAUAAUACAUGAUUACAGACAAGGAGUUGUUCCUCCAGGUCUUACAGAAAAUGAAUUAUGGCGAGCAAAGUACAUCUACGAUUCUGCUUUUCAUCCUGACACUGGUGAAAAGAUGAUUUUGAUAGGAAGGAUGUCAGCUCAGGUUCCAAUGAACAUGACCAUCACAGGCUGCAUGAUGACUUUUUAUAGGACCACUCCGGCUGUGCUGUUCUGGCAGUGGAUUAACCAGUCCUUCAAUGCUGUCGUUAAUUACACCAACAGAAGUGGAGAUGCCCCGCUUACUGUAAAAGAGUUGGGAACUGCUUAUGUCUCUGCAACAACUGGUGCUGUGGCAACGGCCCUGGGACUUAAUGCAUUAACCAAGCACGUCUCGCCACUGAUAGGACGUUUUGUCCCCUUUGCUGCUGUAGCUGCUGCUAAUUGCAUUAAUAUUCCAUUAAUGAGGCAAAGGGAACUCAAAGUUGGCAUUCCCGUCACCGAUGAAAAUGGGAACCGCUUGGGUGAAUCGGCAAAUGCUGCGAAACAAGCCAUCACACAAGUCGUCAUCUCCAGGAUUCUCAUGGCAGCCCCGGGCAUGGCCAUCCCUCCAUUUAUCAUGAACACUUUGGAAAAGAAAGCCUUUUUGAAGAGGUUCCCAUGGAUGAAUGCACCUAUACAAGUUGGAUUAGUUGGCUUCUGUUUGGUGUUUGCUACUCCCCUGUGUUGCGCUCUGUUUCCUCAGAAAAGCUCCAUGUCUGUGACAAGCUUGGAGGCUGAGUUGCAAGCCAAGAUCCAAGAGAGUCAACCUGAAUUACGACGUGUGUACUUCAACAAGGGAUUGUGAAGUAAAGGAAGACACCUGGAUGACUAAUCCUGCCAACUGCAAACCUGGCAAAGCCACGUCCACGAGGAAAAUCCUGUUUGAUCUGGGUUCUCCCAGUUUUUAAAAAAAAAAAACCUUUCGGAGAUUCACAUUAGCCUUUUAGAAUAAAGCUGCUACUUAUAACGCAGCACCUGGUGCGGGCCAGGUGCCUGGUACCUGUUGGCUCCCUUACAUUGGAAUCAUGUUGUGAUUUUCAGUAAUAUCCUUUUCUGCAGCUUUUAUGGUAACUGUUUUUCAAAGACAAUAUCCCAUCCCUAGGCCAGGGAUUUAAAAAGCACUUCUCGGUAUAGAGUAGGUACUCAGCAUAUAUACUCCUCAGUGAAUAUCUAUUGAUCGUCAGUCAG